ACCACUCUUUGACCUUGCUGGAAGCGUGAUUAUAUUCUUUACAAUGUUAUGAGAUGAUAAACUCAUUUAACCAGUUUACACUUAUUUCAUAUACACUGUAGCCAGAUGCUUACGCAGAAAUGUAUUCGACUGUAUAGCUGGUGCGCCCUCCACAUGCGCAAGAGAAUAUGGAAGGAACUAGCAAAUCGAUCACUCGUACCAACAAGACGCUGUUGUAACAAUCAUUUGGGAGAUUUAUACCGGAAUGAGUCCGUACAAAGAUAUCUUCGGCAGCUUGUGGAAGAGUACAGAGAUGUCACCAAAACAUUACAACAUGGGUUUCUCAACGACCCCGCCAGGAAAGAGUUGAAUAAGAGACAGGUGGGACUUUCACCAGUGGCCACUGCGUUUCAAAGUGCUGAACACGCCGUGAAAGACCUAGAGGAGGUUGAAACUCUGCUUCAGAAGACAGUCGGUUCCAAAGAGGAAGACCGACAAAUGGUCCAGCUACUGAAAGAGGAACAAGCACAGAUCACCCAAAGAAUCGAGUCAUUGAGAAAAGAUUUGAUCCAGACACUAGUACCCAGUGACCCACACGACACCAGUAAUGUCCUUCUGGAGGUGGUAACAGGGCGGACAACAGGAGGUGACAUCUGUCAACAGUUCACCAGAGAGAUGUUUGACAUGUACCAAGGCCUUGCCAGCCACAAGAACUGGGACUUUGAGAUCUUCAACUACACACCUGCUGAAUAUGGUGGACUGCACCAUGCGGCAGUAAGGAUAGCGGGGGAGAGUGUGUACCGCCGUCUGAAGCAUGAGGGAGGGACACACCGGGUCCAGAGGAUCCCCGAGGUGGGCCUUUCCUCCAGGAUGCAACGCAUUCACACAGGAACCAUGACCGUCAUCGUCCUGCCACAACCCAACGAGCUGGACAUCAGCAUUGACCCUAAGGACCUGCGGGUUGACACGUUCAGAUCGAGAGGGGCGGGAGGUCAAAGUGUCAACACAACAGACAGUGCUGUCCGAAUAGUACACCUGCCAACAGGUACGGUGGCAGAGUGUCAGACGUCCCGCUCUCAGCUGCAGAAUCGUGACACAGCCCUGCGCGUGCUGAAGGCCCGCCUCUACCAGAGCAUGAUGGGCAGAGAGACGGAGCAGAGACUUACGGCACGCAAACAGCAGGUGGGCACUCGCUCCCAGUCGGAGAGGAUUCGCACCUACAACUUCAGCCAGGAUCGCGUGACAGAUCACCGGACUGGCUAUGUGACCAGAGAUAUCAAGGAGUUCAUGAGGGGCGGGGAGCCCCUGGAUGAUCUGAUCUCAGAGCUGUUGGAACACGGAGACAAGGAGGCUCUGCUGGAGCUGGUGGUGACCUGCAGUCAGAGAUACUGA